UCGAUUUUCAAUUAAAAAAAAUAAUUAUAGAGCUUCCUUUUACAGAAAAAAGGGUCCAUAUAGCACUAGCACUUUGAACCCGUUGGUUUAGAAAUUGGAAGAACAGCGAGAGUUACCCUGGUGAAAACCAACGACAGAAGGCUAAAUAUGGCGGAGUUUAUUCGUACACAGAUUUUUGGUACUUGUUUUGAAAUUACAACGCGUUACAGCGACCUACAGCCGAUUGGCAUGGGUGCCUUCGGAUUGGUUUGCUCAGCAAAGGAUCAGCUUACUGGAAUGAAUGUUGCUGUCAAAAAGAUCAUGAAACCGUUUAGUACACCAGUUUUAGCAAAAAGGACAUACCGGGAGCUGAAGCUGUUGAAACAUCUGCGCCAUGAAAAUGUUAUCAGUCUAAGCGAUAUAUUCAUUUCUCCUUUUGAAGAUAUUUAUUUUGUCACGGAAUUGUUGGGUACCGAUCUUCAUAGAUUGUUGACGUCGAGGCCAUUAGAAACCCAAUUUAUUCAAUAUUUUCUAUACCAAAUUCUGCGGGGAUUGAAAUUUGUGCACUCGGCGGGCGUAAUUCAUAGAGACUUGAAGCCUAGUAAUAUCUUGAUUAAUGAGAACUGUGAUCUGAAGAUCUGUGACUUUGGCCUUGCCCGUAUUCAAGAUCCUCAGAUGACUGGAUAUGUUUCGACUCGGUACUACAGAGCUCCAGAAAUCAUGCUUACAUGGCAAAAAUAUAAUGUAGAAGUGGACAUUUGGAGUGCGGGGUGCAUUUUCGCUGAAAUGAUUGAAGGAAAACCUCUUUUUCCUGGCCGCGAUCACGUUAACCAAUUCUCUAUAAUCACUGAACUGUUGGGGACGCCACCUAUGGAAGUCAUUGAAACCAUUUGUAGCAAAAACACUUUACGUUUUGUCCAAUCGCUUCCCAAGAAGGAAAAGGUCCCCUUCUCAGAAAAAUUUAAAAACACUGACCCUGCAGCCGUUGAUUUACUAGAGAAGAUGCUUGUCUUUGACCCUCGUAAGCGUAUUAGUGCUGCUGACGCUUUGGCCCAUGAAUAUCUCGCUCCUUACCAUGAUCCUACUGAUGAACCAGUCGCUGACGAAAUAUUCGAUUGGUCUUUCCAGGACAGUGAUCUGCCUGUGGAAACUUGGAAGGUAAUGAUGUAUUCCGAAGUGCUAUCUUUUCACAAUUAUAAUAAUGAUCAACAAGAAUGAAGCCAUCCAUGACUGCUUGGAUGACCCAUUAGUAUUUAAAAUGGCUCGACUUUAUUGGAUCUGAUAUGGUUUAACUGAUCUUUUCACUUCUUGAAAGCGUUUCAGAAGUUUCCCGAAAUGAUGUGUUAAUAAUGUUCUUGCUGUUAUUAGACUAUGCGUAAAUGGUUUUUCUCUUUUUUUUUAAAAAGCUAGGUUCUUAUUUAUCCCUUGAUAUGUAUGUAUUUGGACUUUUAAUUAAGUUCUCUUAUGAGUUAUUAUGGCAAUGCCGUCGUUUGCAAGGUCUCAUUUAUAUGAUAAUUUCUUUCUUGCUAGGUCCUUUCCCAACGGGAUUGUAUUAGGUAUUAUUUCUAUAGAUAUAAGGUUUUUAUAGAUCUUUCUUUGAUGGUUCUGUGAACACCUACUUUGGUAAAGUGUAAAGUUUGGGUUUGCACUAGUAAAAUUGACAAUCUUAGAUAGUAAUAUAUAUAUUCUCCACUGUCUGCA